AUUAACGCCCGCACACCUGCGUCUUUGACGUCGCGUUGAAGAUGUCAGCUGAUCCUUCUUCAGGUUUCUGCGCUGUAUCCGUGUAAAAACACCAGCUGCUGUUACCGCACGCGUCUCGGAUGGGUGGAAAUUACCGAGGUGGCGUUGAGCGUGCUGUUUAACGCGCGUCUCUGCUUUGUUUUAAUUGUGAUCUUUACAAAUAACGCGUGUCUUUGCGCUCGACGCGGAUUAUUCUGCAGUCUCUCGGAGGUGAUCUAACACUCACGCGCGUCCUGCUUCAUAGGGUUAAUCAUGUACACUCCGGCAGCCGAUGCGGGAGUGACGGUGGUGGAGAAGGAUGCGGCUCUGAGCAGCGCAUACUCACCUGUGGACUACAUGAGCAUCACCAGCUUCCCCAGACUACCAGAAGAUGAAGUUUCAGCCGACAGCACAUUCAAAUCACGCAGAGAUGAUGAUAACUUCCUCAGUGAGCAGGACACAGACCCUGAUCUGUUCCUGAAGUCGGCCCGACUGCAGCGGCUGCCCUCCUCUGCCUCGGACCUGGCCAGUCGGGAUGUCUCUCCACUGAGAGAGACCAGCAGAGACCCGCUGGCACAGGACUGCGCCUGCACACGUGACGGGCUGACCGUCAUCAUCACCGCCUGCCUGACCUUCGCCACAGGGGUCACCGUGGCCCUCAUAAUGCAGAUCUACUUCGGAGACCCACAGGUGUAUAAUCAAGCCGCGGUGGUGACGGAUGUGGCCCGCUGCACGUCUCUGGGCUUUGACGUUCUGGGCAAAAAGGGGUCCAGUGUUGAUGCUGCUAUAGCUGCUUCCCUCUGCCUGGGCAUCAUCCAUCCCCACACCUCGGGCAUCGGCGGUGGCGGCGUGAUGCUCGUCCAUGACAUCCGCAGGAAUGAGAGCCGGGUCAUUGACUUCCGUGAGACGGCACCCUCCGGGAUUCACCAGGACAUGAUGCUGGAUGUUAAUCAAAGGUCAGGUCUGUUGGUGGCUGUUCCCGGCAUGAUCAGUGGACUACAUCAAGCUCAUCAGCUCUAUGGGAGAAUGGUCUGGAAGGACGUGGUCACUAUGGCUGCAGAUGUGGCAAGGAAUGGAUUCAAUAUGACGCAUGAGCUGGCUGAUGCGCUGUCUGAAGUGAAGGAGCAGAAUGUGUCGGAUGCAUUCAGAGAUCUGUUCCUGCUGAACGGUCAGCCUCCACUCGCGGGACUCUUCACUAAACGCCUGGAUUUAGCUGCCGUUUUGGACAGGAUUGCAGUCAACGGAGUGUCAGAGUUCUACAGUGGGAAUCUGACUCAGGAAAUGACAUCAGUGGUUCAAGCUAAAGGAGGUGUGUUGACAGAGGAUGACUUCAAAAACUACACCACUGUCAUAGAGAAGCCACUGCAGAGCCUUUACCAGGGUUUCCAGGUGUUUGUUCCUCCUCCGCCCCACGCGGGAGCCGCCCUGCUGUCCGCUCUCAACAUCCUGGAGGGGUUUAACAUCACACACCAGGUGUCCAGGAGCAGCAUUUAUCACUGGAUAGCUGAGUCUCUGAAGAUCGCUUUGUCUCAAGCCAGUGGACUGGGAGACUCCAUGUUCGAUUCAUCUGUUUCUGAGUUGGUGACGCAGAUGCUCAGUAAAGACCAGGCUGCUGCGCUCCGGCAGAAGAUCGAUGAUUCUCAGGCGUCAGCGGCAGAGCACUACACGCAAUCUUACGAGCUGCAGGAGGGCGCUGUGGCCAGCCAGCUCAUGAUCAUGGGCACAGAUGACUUGAUCGUGUCUGUUAUGAGCUCUCUAAACCGGCCGUUUGGAAGCCGCAUUGUGACACCUUCUGGGAUUCUCCUGAACAGUCAGAUUCUGGACUUCUCUUGGCCCAACAAAACCCACAGCGCUGCAGCUUACAAUCAGGUACACCUCGACGCCAACGCAUGGAAAAAACAGACACAUACUCAUAAAACCUUGCUUUUGAAAUUAUUAUUUUUAAAGGGGCUCCUGCCGAUCGCGGUGCGGCCGUCCAUCGGUCUGUGUGGCACAUAUGUGGCGCUGGGCUCCUCUAACGGCGAGCGGGCGCUGAGCGGCAUCACACAGGUUUUGAUCAAUGUUUUGUCAGCACGUAAUAACAUGAGUGACAGCGUGUCCUAUGGCAGACUGCAUCCUCUCAUCCAGAACAACACGCUGCUGGUGGACUCUAAAUUUCUUGAGGCAGACGUGAAGUCUCUGAUGCAGAAGGGUCAUGAUGUGCGUAAGGUGGACAUCAUCUCACUGGUAGAAGGGACCCGGAGGACCAAUGACCUGAUCAUCGGUGUGAAGGACCCGCGCAGCACUGACGCCUCGGCACUGUCCAUGUCCAUGCCCUAGACUCACACACACUCGCUGUGCUUCUGUACUGUUUGUGCACUAAAUGGGGAUGUUAUGAGGUUAACAAGUUCUGAGGAUAGAGUUGAUAACCAAAAUAGAUGGGCAGUGUCUGUCAGAUGGAAAUGAGCCGGUCCCUGCUACCCCACCACAAAAACAGCAACACACACACACACACAGACACACACACACACACACACACACAAUGACAAAUUGUAAAAGACAGUUAAGGUUUUUAUUUUAUUUUUUUUACCUCAAAGGGUAAAUAAAAAGUAAUUUCACACAUGACUAGACAAGUUAAAGGAAUAGUUCACCCAAAAAUAAACCUUUUCAGAAAAGAUAAAACCCCCCUCAGCUCAUUCAAGAGGUAGAUGAGUUUGUAGAAAUGUAGCAUUGCAUCACUUGCUCAUCAGUGGAUGCUCUGCAGUGAAUGGGUGCCGUCAGAAUGAGAGUCCAAACAGCUGAUAAAAACAUCACAGUAAUACACCAGUUUUUUGAUGGAUGAUGUUUUGUAAUGCUAAAUUUCUCCAAAUCUGUUCUGAUGAAGAAACAAACAUUUUCUACUUCUUGGAUGAUCUGAGGGUGAGCAUGUUUUCAAGAAACUGCUCCAACACAUACAGUAUGUGUCAAAACAUUUGGACAUACCUACUCUUUAUUUAUUAUUGACAUUUUCCACAUUGUGGAAUUAUAGUAAAGCAAUUAAAACUGUGAAAUAACACAAAAGAAAGUGUGCAAAAUAUAUAGUGACCAGAAAAAGUCAAACAAAUCAACAUAUUUAGCUUAUUCAGUCGCCAGCCUUCAUCUAGAGUUCAGCAGAGCACACUUCUCUCAAAAAAUCCUCAUGUGCAGCAUCAAAAUAAACCGUAUUGAAGGUGUUUCAUGUGCGCUGCUUUUCCGUCCCUCAUCAGAUCAUAAAGAACAAAUUCAGUCAAGCAUGUCCAAAUAUUUUAACUUUUACUGUAUAUUUUAGUGUUUUUAUUAUAGUUCCGCCGGGGUUGUGUAGGAUUAUGCCUCAUGCGAAUUAGAGGCAGAUAAAGGCAAAUGAAAGGAUUCUUUCAUAUCUUGCAAGGUCUCUUGAAGUCCUCAUGAAGAAGGGUCUUCACAAAUGUGAGUAAAUGUUACUUGAAGUGAACGUUAUGUGAAGAAAUGCUCCCGUUACGAAUGAAUGAUUGUACACAUUAUAUAUUGAUUAAUGAGGGUUGGGUGGUAACUAUAUGCUCUUAUUUUAUUAGCCGAUCAAAACCUCCUGGAGUCAUUAAGGAGAUGGUCUGAAAUGAAUGAAGCUGAGAAAAUGCCAGUUGCAAAAUAGUAAUAUGCUUUCAGAUGCAGUCUAAUAUAUGCCAUGAUUAUUUCCUUUUACAGUUUUAUUUUGAAUUGUGGAUGUCAGUUUGUUGAUGUAGGCCUAUAUAAUUGUAAUGCAUUAUCUCUUGGGUGUGGAAGCAGUAAAAUAAGUUUCAGUUUGCGCACAUAUGUGUGAGAGUUGAUCUGUUGAUUAUUUAAAAGUGAAGUGAGCUUCCUGUUCAUGGGCACAUUUGGUAUUUUCUGCCACACUUGAAUGUUAUUGCACUGUAACAGCACUACUGUUGUGUUUCGUAGCUUUACAAUGACCGUGAUCGCGAUGGAGAAUAAAUAUGUAUAUGUA